AUGGGAAAAUCUAAAAAUUUUGAUAAUAAGUGUAAUGUAUUCGAUGAAAAGAGUAAAAAUAAUCCACAUGCCAAAAAACUUUGUAGUAGUCUCGUAUAUUAUUUAGAAAAAAUACGUGAAAUGAAUACACAACAAAAAUCUAAUAAAUAUUGUGGUUAUUUACAUUAUUGCUUAUAUGAUAAAAUUGGUAAAAUUCAUAACCCAUCGAGGACCAAAAUUGAUGAUGCAGGGAAUGAGAUUAGCGGUGGGAAAUUAAAACAUCCUUGUAUUGUACCAGCAUUAAAAAAUUUUGAUUUGAAUAAAUUUAAAAAAGAAAAAUUUCGUAUAUUUAUUUUAAAAAUUAUGAAAGUAUUUAUAAUAUUA